CCGCGCGCGGGGCACGACGGGAACCGCCCUCAGCCGGGACCCGCCAUUUUCUGCCGGGAAAGGCGGGAAGGGGGAGAUCGAAGCCGCCGCAGCUGCACCGCGGGACCCGCACGGCUCCAGCGCCGCCGCCAGCGCCGCUCGCAGGCUGUGACGGCCCGGGAUGGCCCGCACCAAGCAGACGGCUCGGAAAUCCACCGGCGGCAAAGCGCCGCGCAAGCAGCUGGCCACCAAGGCGGCCCGGAAGAGCGCGCCGUCCACGGGGGGCGUCAAGAAACCGCAUCGCUACCGCCCUGGCACGGUGGCGCUGCGCGAGAUCCGGCGCUACCAGAAAUCCACGGAGCUGCUGAUCCGGAAGCUUCCGUUCCAGCGGCUGGUGCGGGAGAUCGCGCAGGACUUCAAAACCGACCUGCGCUUCCAGAGCGCCGCCAUCGGGGCGCUGCAGGAGGCCAGCGAGGCGUACCUGGUGGGGCUGUUCGAGGACACAGGGGUGGGACAGAGGGACACAGGGAGGUGACAGGUGACCCUGUGG